AUGGGUCAACCACGAGUUAAUCUAAAAGAAGGGAGGAAACUGGUUACUUUGGUGGUGAAUCUGCUUGUUGGAUUGAGUCAAUUCUUCACAAUCACAUUUCUAUUUGUUGGUUGGUUUUGGUCGAUCGCUUGGGGAGGGCUGCUCAUCAUUCACUCAAUGCAGUACCGCGAGGCUUUGCAACAACGUCGACAGGAGGCUGUAGCUACAGCAGCAAUAGAAGCUCUCACGAAAGACUCGAUCCUUCAUCGACGAGACGUCAAGACUCUUGUUAAGAGCCACAAGCAACAAGCAAGAGAUAAGAAGACCGCACAAAGCGACCCCAAAAAGAAGUGA